GCUUUUUUUUUCCAUUCUCUUCCACAGGCUGGCAACACCAAAUUUAAUCGAGCUAAACUGCUGAAUGUAGGAUACCUAGAGGCCCUAAAAGAAGCAAACUGGGACUGUUUCAUUUUCCAUGAUGUGGAUCUGGUGCCAGAAAAUGACUUUAACAUUUACAUGUGUGACAAACAACCAAAGCACCUUGUAGUUGGCAGGAACAAUACUGGAUACAGGUUACGGUACCAGGGAUAUUUUGGAGGUGUAACUGCUCUAACAAGAGAUCAGUUUUCCAAGGUGAAUGGAUUCUCUAACAGCUACUGGGGUUGGGGUGGAGAAGAUGACGACCUUCGAAUCAGGGUUGAGAUGCAGAAGAUGAGAGUGGUGAGGCCAUCUGCUGAUGUAGCCAGGUACACGAUGAUCUUCCACAAACGAGACCAUGGUAAUGAGGAGAAUGGAGAGAGGAUGAAGCUUCUACGUCAGGUAUCUAAGACGUGGAAAACAGAUGGGCUGAACUCUUGUUCAUAUAAACUGCUCUCAGUGGAACAUAACCCUUUAUAUGUCAACAUCACAGUAGAUUUCAGCAGGGAGCUGAAGAUCUUCUAAGGGCAGCCACCACUGGUUACAGGAAAUGGCAGCAGAUCAUGUCUGUGGCUGCUGUUGCAGCAGAUGACUCCUGGUACUUUGCUUGAAAGAGUACUUCAGUAGCACAGAAGAAAGUUUUUCUUCACAGUAGCUAAUUGGUUGAGAAUUUCCUUUUGUGAGGACCGGAGAUAGGAACUGACCCAAGGGCCAGGUCCUUGUGUUCUUCUAAGCACUUUCUGCUGGGAUGUUUGCAAAAGUGUCCUUGUUUGGGCUGGUCCACUGGAAGGAC